AUGUGGGGCUGGCAGGGCUGGCGCCCUCGGGGGCACAUCUCCCUGCCCGAGCCAGCGCCGGGGCUGCCUCCAAAUGCCAUUCGCCUGGGAAUCGGCACAGGCGGCCGAGCUUCUGCCGUGCAGGUGGACCGCAGCGAGGUCAUCAAGAGCAACCUCAACCCCGUCUUCGCCAAGAUCUUCACGGUGGACUACUACUUCGAGGAGGUGCAGAAGCUGCGGUUCGAGGUGUACGACAGCCACGGGCACGCAGGCGUGGGCACGCACGACGAUGACUUCUUGGGGGGCAUGGAGUGCACCGUGGGGCAGAUCGUGGCACAGAAGCGGGUGACGAAGCCACUGUUCCUCAAGUACGGGAAGUUCGCGGGCAAGUCCACCAUCACGGUCAUCUCGGAGGAGAUCUCGGGGAACAACGGCUACGUGGAGCUCGCCUUCCGGGCCAAGAAGCUGGAUGACAAGGACCUCUUCAGCAAGUCAGAUCCCUUCCUGGAGAUCUACCGCAUCGAUGAUGACCGCAGCGAGCAGCUGGUGUACCGCACCGAGGUGGUGAAGAACAACCUGAGCCCCAUCUGGGAGCCCUUCAAGGUCUCCCUCAACUCGCUCUGCAGCUGCGAGGAGAAGAGGAAGCUGAGGUGUGUGGUGUGGGACUACGACUCACGGGGCAAACACGACUUCAUCGGAGAGUUCUUCACCACCUUCGAGGAGAUGCAGAAGGCAAUGGGGGAGAACAAGGUGGGGGCACGGACAUGGGGACAGCCUGUGGGGCAGCGCCGGGGGUGCGGGGCGCCGAACUCGGGGGUCGUGGUGCUGCUGGACCUGAAGAUCCACAGGGUCUACUCCUUCCUGGACUACAUCAUGGGCGGCUGCCAAAUUCACUACACGGUGGCCAUCGACUUCACGGCCUCCAACGGGGACCCCCGAAACAGCUGCUCCCUGCACUACAUCAACCCCUACCAGCCCAACGAGUACCUCAAGGCACUGGUCGCAGUGGGCGAGAUCUGCCAGGACUACGACAGCGAUAAGAAAUUCUCAGCUCUGGGCUUUGGUGCAAGGAUCCCCCCCAAGUACGAGGUCUCCCACGAUUUCGCCAUCAACUUCAACCCUGACAACGAUGAGUGCGAGGGCAUCCAGGGCGUUGUGGAGUCCUACCAGAGCUGUCUGCCCAAAAUACAGCUCUACGGUCCCACCAAUGUGGCUCCCAUCAUCUCCAAGGUGGCUCGUGUGGCAGCUGACGAGGAACGGACGAAGGAGGCUUCGCAAUACUUCAUCCUGCUGAUCCUGACGGACGGGGUGGUGACGGACAUGGCGGACACGCGGGAGGCCAUCGUCCGCGCCUCCUACCUGCCCAUGUCCAUCAUCAUCGUGGGGGUGGGCAACGCCGACUUCACCGACAUGCAGAUCCUGGAUGGGGACGAUGGCAUCCUGCGCUCCCCCAAGGGCGAGCCUGUCCUCCGUGACAUCGUCCAGUUCGUCCCCUUCCGGGAGUUCAAGAAUGCAUCACCGACGGCUCUGGCGAAGUGCGUGCUGGCGGAGGUGCCCAAGCAGGUGGUGGAGUACUACAGCUACAAGGCCUUCCCGCCCCGCUGCCCCCAGCCUGAGACCCCCGACUCCAACCUCAGCUCGCCCCAGUGA